CACGUCACAGUCACGAUAACAACUUUGUCCUUCUGUGGGACGAUAUUCGCUUUUCCAACAAUUAAAUUCCCUCUCCAAAACAACCCCAAAACCACCACCAGCAAAACAAGAGCUCCUAAUUCCAUUGCUCGGAUAAACCGGAAAAUGGCGUCGCACCACCAGUCGGAGAUCGAAUCCUACGCCACCGACUCCGUCGGGUCGUCGCCACGCUCCGACAUCCACUCUCACCACGACGUCCACACGCGCGUGCGCUUCAUGUGCAGCUUCGGCGGCAAGAUCAUCCCUCGCCCGCAUGAUAACCAGCUCCGCUACGUCGGCGGCGAGACCCGCAUAGUCGCCGUUCACCGCGCCACCAACUUCUCCUCUCUCCUCACCAAGCUCUCCAAACUCUCCGGCACAAGCAACAUGAUCGUGAAGUACCAGCUUCCGAACGAGGACCUCGACGCUCUGAUCUCUGUCACGACCGACGAGGACGUGGAGAACAUGAUGGACGAGUACGACCGCGUCUUGCAGAACCACAACCCUAAAUCCACGCGCCUCCGUCUCUUCCUCUUCCGCAAGGGCGGCGAGGAAUACUCUAGAACCUCGCUUCUCCACGGCUCCGCCAAUCGCGACAACUGGUUCAUCGACGCGCUUAACAGCGGCGGCGCUCCGUCGUCUUCGGCUCUCGAGCGCAACCGCUCUGAAGCCUCUUCGAUCGUCUCUGAAGUCCCCGAUUACCUCUUCGGCCUCGACAAUUCCGACGACCCGUAUCCGAAGGCCAAGACCCGAUCCAAUUUCCAAGAGACCGUUUCUCUCACGGACCCGGGCUCGCCUGCGCCGGUUGUCUCUUCUCCGUUCUGUUCGACCGUGCAAACCAUUCUGAAUCUCCCGCCGGUGAAGACCAAGCCCGAUGAUCCAACUCCGAUACCGGAACCGAAGGAGAACCUAAUCCAUGCGGGUAUGGACACACCCAGAUUAAUUCCGGGGAAUCCCAUUAUGCAUUACGUGGCGGGUCCGAAUUAUCCGGGUCAGCCUAUACAGCAAGUACCCGUUUACUACGUGGCGAGUCACGUGCCGCAUGGGAACGUGACAAGUGUCCCACUCCAACACGUUCCAAUACGUGCUCAGUAUGUCCAGGUCCAGCAAUACCCGGUGGGUACGGAUCAGAUACCAGUCGGGUAUCAUAUUCCGGGUCAGGUGUACGGUGUAGGGUUGAGACCUGCCACGUCAUUGGACCCACAUGACGUGUCCCCUAGGAUAGUUCCAGUACCGGUUCCAGAUGGGGUGGGCCAGCACUUGGUGUAUGGAGUCAGAAACGGUGCGCAUCAAUUUCCGACAUAUCCGGGUAUGGUGGUGUCCGCCGGGGACGAUUUGAGAGGGUCCGGACGCGAUUUGAAGACGGGUAAGGUUUCUAAUUCAUCUUGAUUCAGAAUAAAAAAUGAUGGUCGGCGUGAUUGAUUGUUUUGUUUUUAUUUGUUUGUUUUUGGACUUCAAAAGAAUGAUUGUUUGGAAUUGGUAUAUAGUUUGAAUAGUUUCCAGCUUUUGCCAAAUUUGUAUAAACUUUUGCCUUGGCGGCUGAGGGAGGGUUGAUGAUUGAACUGUAAUUAGUCUUUGGAUUUUUGUUUGUUACAGUUCGUAUUGUAUGAAUUGUGUUGAAAAUGAAUGGUAAACAGAAAACUACA